GUGCCUCUGCGUGACUCGUGACGGGGGUAUGCAAGGCAAGAGUAGUCGAGGAGACCUGUAAGCAUGAGGCUAUCCUGGAAUCAAGCAUGAGUGUUAGGGUGUGGGGUUGACGGAGUAGGAGGAAAAUUUGGGUAAGGGUUUCGCUCCGGCGGUGAGACUGCCAGGUGUGGCAAGGCGUGUCAGCUAGGGGACGGGGCUGGAGCGUGCCAAAGCCCACUCCGCAGCGGUAGUCCCUUUGGCGCUGAUAUUGGCCCUACGGACUACUCUCCCUUAGGAUAUAAUCCAAGGUCAGAGCACUCUUACCUCGCACUGGCCUGGGGAUGCAGACUGCGGCAUGCACCCGCAUGCGUGAACCCCACGCCAGGGCCAUACUGCUGAUCGAGUGGCCAAGUCCCAAACUCCAAAACUGCUAACUGUAAUUCGGCCAUGGAUAUAUAGUAGUGUCCGGCUUGUUCUAGAGGCUCGUUCUAGAGGGACAUCUGAAUGGGCUCGCCGUGAAACAUGGCCGCGCGAGAGUUCGGAGCUGCAAUCUUUAGUCCUGGACUUUCAGAUGUGCUUCUGUACCACCGCAGCGAGCAGGAGGGCUGGGCGUUCCCCUUCGGGUUCACAAAUGAAAGCGAUGUGCACGUUGUUGCGGCCGCUGCGGCCGUGCAGCACCUCAUUGGAGUAGACAUAGGCGAUAAAAUAAGCCGGGGGCACUGGAUCGAGGUCGAGUACCCGGCCACCGGGGCGCUGGUGCGGCUAUACGUGGCCCUGGGAGUCCGUCCUCAAUUGACUGUGCCUAGGCCGCCGGCUGAGGGCGCCAUCGCUCGUUGGUUCCCGCUGCAUGCGAUCCUGCCGCCCGUAAACGCCAUCCUUCGCGGCAGCGGCGGCAGUGCUGCCGGAGCCGGUGGUGGCUCGCGCAAGCGGCACCACCAGCAGGGGCACGCGGGCGGGCCAGCGGCACGGGGCGGCACCGGGCGUGGCGGCGCCGGCAAGCAAGAUGCGGGGGACGAGGACGAGGAGGACGGGGGCGAGGAGGAAGACGAGGAGCACGAGGCCGAGGAGGAGGAGGCGCUGGGCGGCCAGCUGCUUCUGGAGCCCGGGAUUGCGCCCUUCCUCGCCAAGCUGAAGGCGCUACUAGACAAGCACCCCGAAUGGCGAAUGGCGCAAUUGGACCCACACCUGACCCGCCUCAUCCAAGACGCACUCGCACCCCUAGCCACCACCGCCCAGCCGACGCCGGCGCCGCUUUCCAGUCAGCAGAGGUCUGCCCCGGGCGCGGCAGCGCAGGAGGCGCCGGCAGGCGGCAAAGCAGCUGACGCCCAUGCGGCGGCAGCAGCUGCGGUAGCGAGCGGGCCGCAGCAACCUGUGGCAGCAGCAGCAUCGCAAGAGGUGGCGGGGUCAAGGAAUGCGGAAGCGCAGGGUGGUGGGCUGGUGAAGCAGGAGCCGAUAGACGACGAGAGCACGCCAGGGCCGCUACUCGGCGCCCUGGCCCUAGCAGACAGGCCAGAACCCGCGGCAACGGACGGCGACGGAGAAGGGGCAGGCGGUAGGGGCGCACACGCGCGGGAAGCGGGGCACGACGCAGGCAGCGGCGCCGCUGCAGAUGGCGCCGACGGGAAAGCAGGGGUUGCAAGAGUGAGCUCGUCGGCGCCGGAGCUGAGAGAUGCCGGGGUGGGAGCUGGUGCUUCUGCUGGUAGCGACGCCGGCGCAGCGGCGGUGGAGGCCGGCGGUUGGUGCGGGCCGCGGCCUCAGGAGCACCUCGCGGAGUACUGCCGCAUAUUCGAGCUGCCGGAGCCGUGCUACAGCCUGGUGGUGAAGAAGAGCGCGCGGCGGCCGCUGGUGACGGCGUCAUGUAUCCUGCCGCACCUGGGCGUGCAGAUCACACCCGACAUGCACGUGCCGGGCGGCAUGCAGGCGGCGUGCCAGGCCGCGGCGCUGGCGGCCAUGUUGUGGCUGGAGGGCGCGCUGCCGGCCGACGGCGGCGAGAGCGUGCGGGUGGUGCCGGUGGGCUGGCCGCCGCUGCUGUCGGAGGCGCGCGGCGAGUCGUGGGAGGCUAGCCAGCAGGCUCGGCGCGCAGGCGCCCGGAGAGAGCUGGACUCGCAGCGGGAGGCGCUGCUUCGCGAGAUGGACAAAAAGCGGCAGCGGCUGGUGGCGGAGGCGGCGGAGCUGGAGCGACUCAUGGCGGCGCUGCGUGGCGGCGAGGCCGCGGACGGUCUGGGGCUGGGGGUGGGGCUGGGGUUGGCGGAGCCCGACCUGUCCCGCCUCACUGCCUCACUGGGCCUGGGCGGCAGUGGCAGCGGAGCCGGGGGCGGAGGCGGCGGGGAUGCUGGGGGAGGAGGCGGCGGCGCGGGCGGCGGUGCCACGGCGGAUGCGCCCCAGACGGACGCGUGCGCCACGGCGGGUGACGGCGCGGGAGGUGCUGGCGGCCUGGCGGGCUCGGUCACGGUGGGGCUGCGGGCACUCCAGUUCCGCAGCUCGGGCUCCGGAGCGAAUGGGGGUGGCGGCGGCUCCGGAGGCGGCACAGGAGGAGGCUCAAGGGCUCCAGGCACCAAGCGUCCACGCGAAGACGGCGCCGCCGCCACGGGAGGAUCUCAAGGUCCAGGCGAGGCGGCUGGUGGAAUGGUGAAGAAUGUGGUCAUGGAGCUGAAAGAGUUGUGCGACCGGAAGCGGUGGCCGCAGCCGCAGUACAACUACACCUCAGGGCCCGGGGCCGCCGGGGGCAGCAGCGCAGGCGCCACGGCAGUGGUGACGCUGCCGGCUCAAGCGGGGCUGGGCGAGUUCAGCAGCGGGCCGCAGACAAACCGCAAGCGGGCCAAAGAGGCGGCGGCGGCAGCGGCGCUUGCGCAGCUUAGCACGCUUGGGUUGAAGUGAGAUGGACAGUAGCCGUCGGGAUGGAAACGGCUGGAUACCCAGGCACAAGUGCCUUGGUUGGUGCUUGCGCUAGCCCUGCAGCAGGAUUCGUCGUGGCUGUAGCAAGAGAGUCCCGUGAGCCAGGGACGAUUCGGGACAAGGGAUGGCAGCUGUAAGCAGUCGGGAAAUGGGCUGAGCCCACAACAUGAUAACACGAAAUCGUCUGAGCCUCUGAGGGGCUAAUGAAGUGGCCUGCUUCGCGGUGACGUGUAAGAGCCCAAUCUGCAAUAAAGACGCCUUGGCUGACAGAAACCGAGCGGGAUGAUCCCUUCUUCGUG